GACAGGGAGUCACACGCAUACACUCUUUCUGUCACACAUGCAUGCUUUCACUCUUUCAGACAACACACACACACACACACACACACACACACACACACACACACACACACACACACACACACACACACACACAUGUACAGAGUCAAAUUCUGUCAUAGUUGCCACAGAACCAGAAACCAGGGACUGAUGAGAACUGAAUCAGAACUAUCAUAAUUGGACCAGCGGGACAAGGUUUCUUUCUUAGGAGCUGUACAGCAGGACCGGUGCUCGGAGAUGCCUGACACGUAAAGCCAUUCAUAAAGUAAGGGACAGAAAUCUCCAUCCAUCCUCUCCACACCUCCCUCUUCCCACUCAUCCCUCUUUCAUUCAUUUUUUUCUCUUUCGUGUCUUGGGGUGGGUGAAGGACACAAGACUGGCUGCUCCUCUGUGCUAGCUGCACACCGUAGUGCACUCGCUCCUCUUUUCCCUCCCAUUCAUUCUCUGCUCUCUCUCCCUCAUUUCUGAAUGUCACCUUUGCAUGGGGGAGCCUGUGGAAUUUACAAACCAUUUCCCAGGGGCCAGAGAUGGAGCGACCGCUGAGGAGGCUGAAAGAGGACAGAAUCAGUCUUCCGUCCAAUUCCUUUCAUCCUCGCUUCUCACUCUGUCAUCCUUUACUCUGGACAUGAGCUACUGGCAUAGAUUGGACCUGGAUUAGAUUUCUUUUUUUUAUGUAUCUUCAAAUUUAUUUCUUUGAUUUCAAGUAUAUUUUGUAAAUGAAUUGCGGAUUUGCCGUGUUUAUAUUUUUUUGAACAUUUUUUGAACAUUGCAUUUUGCGUUUUUAAAACUGGCUAGUGCAACGAUCACCACUGUGAGGUACUGAUAACAUCUGGAUUCAAUGUAUACCUGAAGUAUCUACUUAUCUACUCUGUGUGUAUGUGUGGAGCUGGGACUUACUGGACAGGACAAGCUGCGACAGGAAAAGAAACACGGACAGGACUUUGCUUGAAAGAAAAUUGUUAUAUUAAUGCUUAGCUCUUCCAACAGCAACAUGACUCUGAUAAUAACUCACUGUCAUACUCGAGGUCCGACAUUGGUAUAUCCAAGCGACUUCUAAACAACACAACACCAGCAACCCAGCUAAGAACUUCAGCAUCAGUAACAACCACCACCCUCCAGAGACUUUUUGAAUCUGUUGUUUUUUGGUUGUGCUCCAUUGCCCAUCUCUGUCCAUCAUCCUGGGUGGUUGGGCGGCUUGGCGGCUCAGUGACGCCCUCUGUGCCCUUUGGGUGAGCUGGGCACAGCAAGAUGGCUGCCCUCGCCAGCUCACUAAUCCGGCAGCGCAGGGAAGUGAAGGACCAGCAGGCCAACCGGCAAAUCUCCAACAAGCGCAAACCCUGCCCCAAGAGCAACAAGUCUCUAUGUCAAAAACAGAUCCUCAUCCUCAUCUCCAAAGUGCGACUAUGCGGCAGUCGAGGGAGAAAACUGGAGAAGAGACCAGAGCCUCAGCUAAAAGGCAUCGUCACACGUCUGUACUGCCGGCAUGGAUUCUACCUCCAGAUGUUACCAGAUGGCACCAUGGACGGCACAAAGGACGAAAACAGCUCCUUUUUGCUGUUCAACUUGAUUCCUGUGGGGCUGAGAAUAGUUGCUAUCCAGAGCACAAAGACGGGCCUCUAUGUUGCUAUGAACAGUGAGGGCUACCUCUACACCUCUGAACACUUCACGCCAGAGUGUAAGUUUAAAGAGUGUGUGUUUGAGAACUACUACGUGACGUACUCAUCUAUCCUGUACCGGCAGACACAGUCUGGAAGAGCCUGGUACAUCGGCAUCAACCGUGAUGGGCAGGUCAUGAAGGGUAACCGCGUCAAAAAGACAAAAGGAGCCGCCCACUUCUUACCAAAACUUAUUGAAGUGGCCAUGUACAGAGAGCCUUCGCUGCAUGACAUUGGUGAGCAGAGCCCACCACGGAAAACAGCCAAAACUUCAGACUCUGCUGUCAACAAUGAUGACAAGAAUGACCCGUUGCCUCCAAAAACUAGUGCCUCCUAGCGACCGGAGGAUAUGAGACUGGAGCAUAUUUCAAUAUACAAAGGGAAAUGGCAUGGGCAUGAUAAAAACAGUCCAUGCAGUCCUAUUUUUGAUGCCAUUACCCAUAAUGCAGGAGCUCAAUGAACCCUGCCUGAAAGACUCCUCUUCUCCUGUAUCCGCCUUCCUGUUUGAACCUGGGAAUUUUUUUGAGCAAUAAGAACCCUGAGUUAUUGGGGGUGUAUGUCGUAAGAGCAUAAUGAGUUGUGACACCAUUCAACCCUUUUUUUCUGGCUUUUUAUCUGGCCAGUGUCAGUUUCAAACACCAUCUCCGGACACUGGAAGCUAUUUCACCGUAUUGUUUCGGAAGCAUCUUUUCGUGUUUUUUUGUGUGCAUCCUGUGCUGUUCUCUUCCUGAUUCUCUAAGCCGAGUGUAAUCUCUUGCUUGCCUACUCUGCUAUUUGAUCAGUUUGUGACAUAGAGUCAAUUUUCCACUCCACAGCACAGGAAAAACCCAGCAUGUACUCCAGGGUACCAUUAAGAUACUCGCAUGCUUGUGUGAGGCUCACACACAGACACACACAAACACACACGUAUAAUGAAGGAAAUUCUAUAGAAAAAAUAAUGCACACAGGAGUAAUACACUCUCCCUUUCCUGUAUGAUAAUGCUAUAAAAUAUACACCCCAAGGAGCUAAGAUGCUUUCUCUGCCCAUAUACAGUGCAGUAGCUUUGAAAACCGAUGAAAGUGUGUGUAUGUGUGAGAGGAGGCGUAAUUCUGGAAACUGAGGUACAUUAUCACUUUCUUCUUGGUCUGAUUGUUAUUUUUUUCCUCUGGAUGCCCUGGGAGUAAUAUUCCUGCUACCCUCCUUAUACUUCAUCCAUUUCAUCCUGGCUUUGCUUUCUUUUUUAAAAGCUGAUUAAUUUGCUAAACAAGUUUGGCACGUUUCUUCAAGUCCAUAGUCUUGUAAUCAAUGCCGGACCACAUUCAACCAAAGGCAAUUAUUGGAAAAGCAAGCAAAUUGGAGCAACACGCACCAUUUGUCUUUUGCCGGGUAAUAUUACAUAACAUACUCGGCGGUAUCACAUUCAGAUUUUUCAAAGUAAUAAUUUCAUCGCUGAUGUCUGGUUUUAAUUUUUUAUAUGUUGCCUAGAAGGGCUUUUAAACUAUAGAAUUGAUCCACUCCUCCAGCCCGUGAAAGUCUGUUCCAAAUUGUACACAUCUGUCCUAAUUAAGAGCCAACUUCCCAUUGAUCUUUGUGAUAGUGUUCUGGAGCAGAUGAAAUAACAGUACUUCUGAAUUCAGCACCCUGAAACAAUGUACAACAUGUAAAUGCAGAGGUUCCGUGCUAACUAUAGAGAUGAAAAAAGAACGCAAUAAUCAAUGCAAUAAUCUUUUCUAAGAGCAGUAGGGUGCAAUAGCAAUAGGAAAGACAAUGGAAAAAUCACAAAUAACUAAUUAUGGAUUGCUUCAUCAGUCUUAGGAAAUACUGAUUCAUUUAUUGCACUGAAAAGCUGGUAAAAUACAAAUAACAUAAAAACUUGCUUUCAAAUUUGUAGCCAUGAGUUUAUUUAUAGCUCUAAGAGCCUUAAAACACAACAUUAAAAAAACUUCUGUACACUCUUCAGGGCUUAUUUCAUCCAUAAAGUUAACUGUCUUCUCUGCAGUCUGUUAUAUAUUUUCUUCAUAAAUAAGCAAAAAAGUAAUUGGGGAAAAAAAUCCAGAUAAAAGUAAAAAAGACGCCUUGGAGGUUAAACCUGAAUAAGACCUAGUGGCCUGGUCUAAAUAACGACUUCAAUUAUGCUGCUAAAUUGUUCUUUGAGUCUAUCAUACUCCCUCAUGCAACAUUGUCUUAUGUGCCCAAGGGAAACUUUUUUUUGCAUAGACUUUCAAAAAACAGAUAAUUUUAUUACCAAGGCUGAUUUCAACUACAGCCAAUUACAGAGGAGAUUUACACAUGUUUCUAGGCUAUGUAACUAGCUGAGAUUCAUUUACAACUAAUUAUGCUACAAACACAAAUGCUGUGGUUUCUAAAUGGUUGGGAUUGCUUUACUGUAAACAAGCAGGUCCUGUUUUUAAAAGGCUUUACUCUGGAGAAAGUUUCAUAUAGAUAGAUAAACUAUCUAGCUGCUUGUUAAUGUAAGCCAGUUGAACUGAGUUUAUUCAUGAGAUCAUUUUAAAUAUAUGUCCAACAACAAAGAGUUGGGAGGGGGCUUGCUCCACAUUUUAAAAUGCUAAUAUUAAGCAGUUUAUUUAAUUUAUUUUGGGUCAUGGUGUGUUAGAAUAUGCCUACAGAAAAAAACAAAAAAACAAAAAACAAUGAUCUCUUCUUUUAAUUAACUUGUUUGCAUAACUGCCAAAUUCAAAGAUUUGUUCAAAUAGUUAUGUGGAAUUAAAAUCGAAGUUGAAUUAGUUGUGAUAACAGUGUACUUUAGGUACUGUAGCUACUGGAUUAGUACAGUUACUGAGUUGGAAUUUUAUGCAUUUGUGAGUAUUGUCCUUUUUAUACAGACACAUCUAUGGUCAGAAAGGGGUAGCUAAAAAUCAUAACAAAAAACAAUUAAACUGGAAAUGAUUUAACAAAGUUACUGUAUGUAUGUAUGUAUGUAUGUUAUGUAUGUUAUGUAUGUACUUAUGCAUAGAAAGAAAGAAAGAAAGAAAGAAAGAAAGAAAGAAAGAAAGAAAGAAAGAAAGAAAGAAAGAGUAAGGUAUGAAAAAAGUCAGAAAAAACUUGCAAAAAAAGAGACAAAGUGGUAUAUAUAGACAUUAUAAUGAAUGUACAGUAAAUUAAAGAUGUAAUCAAUAGCAUAGGUGAGUGGGAAUCAUGUAUUGUGUGAACUGAAGUCUGUUGCGAUGUAGAACACAGUGCAACAACUGGAUGCAACAACAUAAAUAACCUGUAUUAAUGAUGACGAUGAUGAUAAUAAUAAUAAUAAUUUGGCUUAACAUACCCAAUUUAAAUUUAGGUUAAAAUAUAAAGUACACAGGUCAGAAUAGAACAACACACUAAAAGAAAGCUAAUUUAUGUUAAACAAAAAAAAAAAAGUUAAAGUCUUAGAGAGUGUCCUUUGUACUGUAAAUAGAGACAAAGUUUAUUAAGAUUUUUGGUUAAAAAAUAUUAGAUAUUUGAUUAAGACAGGCAAUGCAACAAACACAAUGAAUAUACAGCAGAGUUAGUAUAUUUCAAAGGGCAGUAGAAGCUAAAAUUUCCAACUGAAGACCAAAAGGCUGGUCAAAUCCCAGAACUGCCAAAGAUCACUUAAGCAAAACUCUUAACCUUCAGAUCUUUAGCAUUAUUUCUCAUUUGCAUUCUGGUUUAUAAAUCAAGCAUGAAAAUACAAUAAUUAAUGUGUAAAUUUUUACAUUAUUGACAAAAUGUUAUGGCUUAUAUUUAAUUUUAUUACAUUUAACAUUAAAAAUUACAUCUACAUUAUUAUUUGUAUACAAUAUGAUUUCUUUCGUUGUAUGAAAUCGCUUUACCAGCCCUGCACUAUAGCUUUUACUCCGCAUACAUGUUGAAAAUAAUAACCUAAAGCAACUUUAAUUUGAAAAAAUUAACAACUGGUAAUUCGUUGUUUAUAGCUUCAGCAUCAUCAAUAAAGAGGGAGAUGACUUGAAUUUAAAGCUGUGGGUUGACACCCAAUACUCUAAUUUUUUAUUUUUUUUAAACCCCUCCUGGGGACAAAAAAAUGAAAAAUGAUGCAUACGGCUUACAGAUUAUUUUACAGAUCAUUUGAUAAAAUGAUGCUGUGCCAUCGGCAAUACUCCACUACAUGCUGGGAAAAUGUAGGAGUACUAUAUUUAUUGCUAUUUGCACUGCUACAGCUUCAGGUACUGACUUACAUUUAUCACAUAGAUAGCUGUUUAUAUGAAAUCUAGAUAAAAUGUACAAGAUCAUUUAGGCAAUGUAUGCAGCUAUGUGGUGAUACACAGCCUCUAUUUAUUUGUUGCUUUUCCUUUUUUUUUUCUUUUAAUAUUUUGGAUUGAGUAUUUUUGCUUAAAUGGUGUGUAUUAUUGUUUAGCUUGGUUUAGAAUUAGUUCCAGAAAGUUACUUUGCAGUGAUAUUUAUACAAAAACAGAUCCUUGUGGUUGGAAUAGUUACUUUUUUUCCUUUUUCAUUCAUGAAGAUGUGAUGUGUGGUGUUGAUUUCUUUCUCAUUUUUAAACUCUUUUCCGUUUAAUCCAAAUUUUGUGUAUUUCUGACACAAACUUAUUGGAAUUCUUUUAUAACUCAGACAUGGCAUCAAAGAAUGAUCAACCUGCGUGUGUGGUUUCCAUGUCUUCCCUCUAUUGUCUUCCCUCUGCUUUUAUGCUACUAAAAAUAAUUGUCUUAUAAUAGUGUGUAUAACACAGCUGCUGCCUGCUAUGUUUUAUGUGAGUGUGUUCAUGCGUGUGUGUGUGUGUAUAUGUGUGUGUUGAAAAGAAAGAAAAGAUAAAGAGAGAGAUAAAUGAGGCAUGUAAAGUUACAAAAGACAAAUCUAUAUGUUCUAUCUUGGAUUGACUCUGCCAAACAGAUUCAAUGGAGCGUAUUCAGAGGAAACAUGUCUGAUCUGAGUGUUGCUUAGUGUGUGUGUGUGUGUGUGUGUGUGUGUGUGUGUGUGUGUGUGUGUGUGUGUGUGUGGUUUGACGUGUAGCCCAAACCCUGCAUCUGCAAUGCAGCAGAAAUAACAAAAAAAAAGAAAAGAAAGAAGAAAACCCAGCCCUCCUCACACUAUACAACUAAACGGUGAUUCCCUCCGAGCUGUGGCUCUCCUCUCAGGCACAGUGAUAUUACACUUUCUUGUUUUCCCCAUGUGUUACGGUUUUAUGUUGAACUGCAGUUAUAUGACAGUAGAGGAGUACACACCCAAGUGUCUCCAUUAGUUCAAGAUUUUUAAAUUAUUUUUGAAGGUGAAAUUCUGCCACAAUAUAUUUUAAGUCUACAAUUGUGAUGAAUUUAAAGUCACUCUACAAAAUAUAUGUGGAUGUUAGGAUCAAAGCCUCUCAGAUUCAUUUUAUUGAGUGAGCAGACUGUUUAGAGUGUGAAAAGACAAGUGUUAUGUCAUAAGAAAUAAAAGCCAAACAAGUUUCAAUAUGCAAAUAAAGGCCAUGUAACACUGUUUUAUAAGGAAUAGAAAAAGUAUAGUGCAUGUAGGGACAGGGGCAUCAUAAAUUGGGAUUUCUUAAUGUGGGUAGAAGCUUUUGUGCCUUUUAUGUUGUUUAAUAAAUUCUUUUGUAAUCACCACAUUAAGCAAUUAAUGAUUUAAUAUAAAAAAAGAACCUACUGGAUUGUUGUUUAUUUGUACUAAAGCCAUUAGAGUGUUUACUUGCCUUGUUUGGGUCUCCAUGUGCCAUGUCACUGAUAAGCACUUUUUUCUUUAUUUGCGUCUUUGAUGGAGCUCUGAUUAGGACUGGAUUAUUCCUGACAUGUUGAUGUAGGCAUUAUACCUCUGCAUUGUGACCGAUCUCACAAAGUUUAUGAUUCAUUCCUGUCUGCGAAAGAGUGAAACAAGACUGUAGUCUAAACACUGCAGUCAAAGAAUGAAUUAACGUGAACUUUCUGAACAGCAGCCCACCCUUCUCAAAAGGUGACCAAGCUGAUGACCUUUCACCUUUGUCAGUUAUAUACCUGGAACUGCUGCAGCAAUAUGGACUGCUAAUUUUGGUUAUUAAUCUCUUUAACAAAACGUGCACACCUUUAUAACCAUCUGUGCGACCUACUCUGAUUGGAAAGAUGACUGUAAAGAAGUCUUCCAAAAACAAGGAUUUUAAAAAGUGCGCCAUAUUGUUUUUUUUCUCCCUGUCUUCCAAAACUGAGACAGUUCCACAGUCUUCCAAUGACAUUAUUUUUUAUAGCAGAAAAGGACAAUCCUAGUGGAAUUUUGAGAGGAUUGGAUUCACAAAAACAUCAGAAAGCCAAACAACAUGGCACCAAAUACACCACCAUGGACGAUAAGAGGAGAUUUAAAGGACACAUGCUUGAAGACUUUGAUGCCUGAAGCAAAAUGACAUGAAUGAAGAAUUUGUGAAAGCAACCAUAUUCUAAAAGCAUGCAUGAACCGACAUUUACUGGACACAUAAAAAAAAAAAAUCCUAUUUAUUAAAUCAGUGUGACCCCAUUCAUUGUACCUUCCCCUAUUCAUCCUCAGCCCUGCAUUUACAAUAGAAUCUAUAUCUAUUUGUAUCAUAACUUACACAAAGUCUGAGGGAGACAUAUUAUUGGAUAUUAUUGAAUAAAACUAAUAUAUUUGUAUGAUUGUAUAAA